GUCUGAGAUAUACGAGAAAAACGAAGUUAAAUAGGCUAAGCAGUAUAUAAAUAUAUAUAUAUAUAUAUAUAUAUAUAUAUAUAUAUAUAUAUAUAUAUAUAUAUGUUUGCAUUUACGUGAGUGUGGAUGGGUACAAUGUAUGUAUAACUUUAGAGUUGCAUUUUCUGGGUAUUAAUAUAUGAAUAAUUUUUAAAUUAUUAACAAAAACGAAGAGCUUGAACGGAGUUUGCGAUUCAGGUAGAUAGAUCGUUCUGUACAAACGGGAUUGUGGGAUCCAUUCGGGUAUUUGUAUUUGCGUCGUUCGAUUUCCCCAAGGUCUCUUCAUCCAACGAUCCAACGUAGAAGCAACAGUUUUGCUCGGAAGCAACGGGUGAUUUUAAAAGGCAUAAGAAAAAGAAAAAAAUCAACAGAUCUUUUUCUACCCCGUCGUUUGCCUUUGGCUUCUCCGACUAAUACUAGUGCAUAAGCGACUAACACCACCGCAGUAGAUUUGCGGCAAAUUGAAUUCGCCGUAAGUUUUAUUGCGCUCUGCGCUCUCUACCUCGGGUGUCGGCAUUAUUGCGGGUUUUCGCCUUUGCUUUUAUGUUCUCUUUUCGGGGGAGGAAUCUUCAAAUAAUUGGCACUGCAGACUAUCACAGAAAAACGAUGGAGUUUGAAUAGGCAAUCAAAUAAUCUCCUCAAAGUAGCCCUUUUAAUUUUAAUAUUCCUUGUACGAGUGAUUCUAGUAGUGGUUGAAGCGCAAACUGGUCGUGAUUAGUGAUGGCUCAGUAUUUAGCUAUCACACUUUGAUUCAAAUUUUCCAUUUUUAUUGUAUGCUUGGGGAAUUCUUCAAAAUACUAGCAGGAGAAGCAAUAAGGGUGGAACGGAAGCGCCAUCGCCAUCGCCAUCGCCAGCGGCAGCGGCAGAAACAGCGUUAUGGAUGGAAGGAUGGACGACAGCGACGAUGAUGUGGAAAUGGUCAGCGAGUCCACGGCAGUGGGCAAGACCAAGCUGCUCAAGAUGCGCGAGGAGAUGCCCUUCAUCCAAAGCGUCCGCGAGACGUACCAUGCCAGCCUCUCCGAUCUCCAGAGCGAGCGUCUGAAGUCCCUCAUCAAUCUCCUUCAUCGGGAUAACGUAAACCUCUUGACGCUGAACAAAAUCGAGCGCGUUAUCAAGAAAUUGAAGGGCAAGUUUGGGGCGCGUGUUAGUCAGCAGAACAAAAAUAUCAACAGACCCAAGAGCAGUUCUAGUGGCCCGGUCGAAGUAAUCGAUAUAACCGACAUCAAUGAUGGUGAGAAUGGGCCGUCAGCCGCCCCAUCCGGUGCCAAUCCGGCCAAAUCCAGUCCCAUUGCCAAGCCCACACAAGAAAGUGCUACUGGUAAGUCGAAAAGUGAUGCACAAAGUGGUUCCAAAUCCAGUGCACCGACUGCCGAAAUGAAGAAGGAUGCUGCAGCAGCAGCACCAGCUGCCACCACCACUAAGGAGGCUACAGUGGCUCCUGCUCCUGCUCCUGCACCUGCUCCUGCCAACCUAUCGCCAGUUAAAGUUCCUAGUGGCAGGACGCCCGUUUCGCCAUCGCCUGUGACACCAAAGGUGGAGAAUACAGAGAAGACUCCGCCACCGCCGCAAUAUCCAGCAAUUAUAAGGGACGGUCCUCGCAAAACCACAAUCCAGGGAAAGAUUGGAGUCCUGGCGGCGAUGCAAGCAGCCCGCAAUGAGGAGCGGAGGAUAAGGGCGACCAAUGCGAAGCACCAGUUUCAUUCAGUGAAGUCCUCACCAUCGUCCUCCCCCGGCGGCGUAUCGGUGGCAUCCACGGCCAAAGACUCGAGUGAUGGUUCACCAGAGCAGGUGAAGUUUACGCGACGAACCUAUCCGGCCGAAAAGACGACGCCAUCACCGCCCCAAUUCACGCGCCGCAACUAUACGGCCCAGAAUGCGGACGUUGUGUUUCAGCGCCGACCAGUGCGUUUGUCCGAGAAAUCAGCGGACGAUAGGGAUACUCCGUCGGUGGCAGCCACCGAGGAGCAAAGUAUUGCUUGUUCGCUGGAAGAGGCGCGCAAGAAGCUGGCCGCACUGCGGGGAGGAGCACCUGGCGGGGCAACCAAUGGGCAGCCGGAACAGCCACUGCUGGCACCCAAUCCCAACGACCCGCGCCUUCGCAAACACUACAGCCCCCAGUCGCCAUCUAAUAUUAUUAACAAUAACAACAAUAAUAGCAACAACAAUAAUAUAAUAGUACCACUGCUUCCACAGGCCAUCAUGAGAACACCAUCGCCCAUACCCCCGCCGCCGAGCAUGAAGCCCUCCAACUGGAUAUCAUUCUCAAACAUUCCCGUAAACGUAAGUCCCACAGCACCUGGGAAUCAGCCAUUCCGAUCCUUUGAAAGGGACACCAUGCCACAGACCCAGACUCAGGCGCAGCAUCAGCGAUAUAAUGGUGUCGAGUCGAGGGAUCCCCGCAGCAGGCCUCCGCACCAAACAGCGCCUCAUCAUCAGCAGCAGCAGCCGUACGCAUCGAUGGCCGCCUAUUCCGGCAAUCAGAGGCGUCCGGCCAACAGCUUCAAUGGCUUCGAUGACGCCAACUGGCAUUCGGGCCAGAAUGGCAACGGGAGUGGCUUCAGUGCACCCAGCUGGAAUGGCCAGACGAACGGCACUGCAAGUGGCUUCAACGGCUCGGGCAGCUUCAGGGGCAACUCUAGUUAUCCACGGGGAGCAGGCCGUGGGGGAGGUCAUCCCAACAGGCACUAUGUGAGGCCAGGCAUGCCGGGGGCACUGGGUGGCGAUGUGCCGCGUACCUAUAAGGAGCACCGGGAGGCCAAGGCUCGGGCCGACGCCAUGGCCAAGGCCAAGGCUGAGGAGGAGCUGCGUCGGUUGGAGGUGGAACGUCAGCGGUUGCUGGAGGCGGCUGACAAGGGGGAUGCGGGAAAAGAGCGGGAGAUGGGAGCAGCGGCGACGGCAGUGCCGGAACUGCAGCUGGACACCUCGUAUCGCAACUGUGCGGUCCUGAAUGGUCCUGCCAAGAAGAUCGACUUCCGUAUACCGAAGAAGACUCCUGCGCCGGCCGCCACUCCCAAACCAGUCAGUGGCGAAGCGGAUGGUGGGAUGGCUGGGAACUCAAACAAAGCCUGUGAUGCGAAAAAGGAUAGGGAAAGGGAUACAGAUAGGGAUAAGGAAACUAUUAAUAACUCAAAGGAUACUGAUAAUAAUAAGUCCAAGAAUAAGGAUAACGCUAACGAGGAUGAGGAUGUGGAUGUGGAAAGAGAAGCGGAGACAGAGACAGGAAAAGGAUCGAAAAAGAAAACCAACAAAAAUAAGCCCCAAAAGGAGCCGGAGAAGAAGUCAUCGAAGAGGAAACGGAACCGGAAACGAAAUAAAAAGAAUACGGAGCGCGACGCCGAAAAGAAGGUGCCACCAAGUGGCAACCGAGACUUCGGCGAUGUGGAGAGUGUGGUUAGUUUGGGGAGCUCGGAGAACACGGACAAUCUGGAGAAUGAGCCACCAGUGCCCGAGAACAAUGCCUCGCCCACAACAGAGCUGCCCCAGGACGCUCAAUCCCAAAACGAGGCGUCCGAAGACGAUGACGAUAUAUUUGCCAGAGUUGUGGCAUUCCGGAAGAAAAGGACAUCGGUUUCUGAAGGGAAGCAGGCCAGCGAGGAUAAGAACGGGCCUGCCAAGGAUGCAGAGGAGCGAGAGGAGGAGGACAACAAAGAGGAGUCAACCAUGGGUAAGACAACUGCGGCCACUGAUGAGGACAAGCCUCCGAAACUAUCGAAGAUGAAGAUAGUUCUUGGUCCGAACGCUCACACCGUAAUAAUGCCGAACGAUCACUCCGAUUCGAAGGAUAUGAAGGAGGGGAAAUCCGCGCUGACGGUGUUCGAUGAGGAUCACGACGACGAGGAGGUACCUGGACCCACAGUGCAGGAGCUGAAGCGCAUUAUGCAGCGUCGCAAUUCUAUGGCUCCGACGGCCAGCAAACCGCUGGUGGACAAGGAGCUGCUCUUCACCGGCCGCAGCCUGGUGUACGAGGAUCUCCAGGAGCAGCAUCACACCAACCAGCAACAACGCAAUCUGGCCAACUUGUUCGAGAGGACGAGCGACAACUGUCGUGUCUCCACCCAGAACAUAAUCAGCGGCAAGCGAAGAACCCGCGGCGGUCAGGAGAACUUCAAUGAGACCCAUCUGAGCAGGAACAUCUUCGGUUUGGGUCAGAUAACGCGCGCCAAACGAGGGGAGGCGGUGCGGAAGGCCACUUCCAAGGAAGAUGUUCGCAAAACGGACGACAACAAAAAUGCCAAAAGUAUUAUUAGUUCUCCGGGUAAUCGGAAGCGACGACGCAAGACCAGUGUGCCAGAAGCUUCCGUAACCACGGAGAAUGAUGUCCCGGAGGAGAAACCUGCGGGAGAUAUUAACGAAGACCAAAAGGACAGUGUCGUGGAGAAGAAGGAGGAGCUGCUAGAAGUGGAGGUGGCUGAAAAGCCUGAGCCCGAGUCUGAGGCAGAGUCUGAUCCGUCCAAGAAACCGCGCUUGGACUUGGAAGUCGUGAAAAUCUGCGCUUUAGGCGACGUCCAGAAGGAUCAGACAGCCGUGCCGGCGUCUAAUGGGCGACAGAAGCCGCGCAAGAAACGCAAUGAGCUUGACAAGCUGAACGAGGACAUUGCCCAAAUGUACUAUGGGGAGGAAGUGCUCCGGGCCACGGGGCGAAGGGCCUGCACCAAGCGGCCACCGGCUCGUGCCCGUACUCGCACCCGUUCCCGAACCCUCUCCUCAGCACGGUCCUCCUCAUCCCAACCGGUUUCGCCCUCGCGAGCCGAUACGGACAGUACCGCAGAGGUUAGUCCACAGAGCUCCAAAGACGACCGCCUGUCUAGUCCGUUCUUUAUAAGGAACAUGGCGCGCCGGGGCAGGGCUUUCGGCGGUCCAAGGUCUCUGACGGGUGGAAUCAAUCGAGUCGCUUCGAAAUCCAAGUUACUGAAGCUCAAGAACGUUAGGGUUAGGAUUGCCAGGUGUUUGCCCCUGGAGAAAAUGAUAAAGCAGCAGAAGAGUGUUGGUCCUCCCUCUCCGAAAGAUAAAUCCCAGGAAGAGACUCCCCAGACGGAGGCCAACACUGCCCAGACAUCACCGAAGGAGAAGCCGGCGAAGAAAAAGAAGCUCCCGAAUAAAGGAAUCAAGAACGUGAAUCCCGAAUGGCACGCCCAGUCGGCGGCUGUAAGUAGUUGCGUCAUCUGUAAAGUGGCCAUCCGGCAGAGUCCGACCCUCCAUUAUUUGCUGAAGCACCAGGAGCACUUUGCCGCCCGGCUUAGUCCGGAAAUGCUGCAGGAGUUGCGCAACGGCCGGAACUCCAAGCCGGACUACAAAAUGCACAAAGGCGCCCAGAAGGGGAUGUUCUACCAUUUCGUGUGUCCGUUUUGCAUGAAGCCGCUGAUGAUGCGGCCGGCCGCCCUGGCCGACCAUCUUGCCUACCACAUGGGCGAGGCGCGGUUCAGUUGCUCCCACUGUCGGAUGCCAAACCGGAACCGCAUCGCCCAGCUGACGGCCCACACCAGGAACUGCGCUCCCGGCGCCCAGCCCCUGAUCAAUCCCAGCGUCAGCCGUAUUCCCCUCAACAUCCACGUCUGCCAUCUCUGUCAGUACGUCCAGAUCGAGAAGAAGCACCUCGACAUCCAUUUGACCGAACAGCAUGGCCUGACGAAGGAAGAGGUUGAAGAUCUGGAGGUGGAGCAGCUGACCAUCUGCAGAGUGGAUGAUGUGCCGCUCGUCUCCUCUCCGGCGGAAGCCAAUGCCGUGUUGCGUAAGAAUCAAAAUGAAGGCGGUAGCUCCAAGACGGGGGAGAAGUCCGGGAAGAAAAAGAAGAAGGACAAGGGCAAGAAGGCGGAGCAAGUGAAGCAGGAAAGGGUCGAGCAGGAGACCCAAUCGGAGCCAGAGGAUGAGCAGGAAUCGAGCACGCAUACAGCCAAGGUGGAGGUGUGCACGGAUGGACCGGAUCUGCAGCUGCCAUUGCCUCCGCCGGAAAAGGAGACUGUCUUGGUUGUUAACGAGUGUCUGAUGGACGUGGACGAGGACUCAACGGUGGAAGAGGAAGUGGAAGUGGAAGUGGAGGUGGAGGCGGAGCCAAGCCAGCAAAACAUGAGCCUAACGGUGGACCAGAAGCCAGUGAUGCUCAUCGAUAACCGUAUUCUCGAGGAAGAUGCGGCGCCGCCGUCCAAGUCGACGAAACGCGACCAGCCAGCUCCUCCGCCGGAUAUCAGCCUGUCGGAGCUAAACGGCGAUCUUCUGGAUGGCAUUGGUAGCGAUGAGUCCGACAUCGAGGAUCCGCCGGAAAAAGCUUCAGCUGCUUUGGGGAAGAGUAACGAGGACGAUGACGAGGGGGCGCUCACCGAUGAGUGGGUGGACCUGGAGACCGCCAAUGAGAUCUCCCGCAGUCGGAAGAGCAUCUUCUACAACUUCAAUCGUCUGUGCACGAUUCUGAACAAGGGUGGCAACAAUGCCCGCUCCGGAGGACGCGGUGGCACCUCCAUCGGCAGCAAUGACACCAGCAGUGACGUCCUCGAAGUCGAGACAGAACAAACUCCCGAUCCCAGCGAGCUGUUACCUUCCAUGAAGCCAUUGGAACCACCGGAGACGGCGACGAUUCUCGAGGAGACCCCGAUAGAAGUUCCAGACUCUGAACCGGCAUCUGUUGAUCCAUCCAGUGCCGAAAGUCCAGCUCCAACGGUGGCUUCUGUUUCGGGUCGUGGCCCUGUUCCAGCACCUCCGAAAAGGCAGGUGGAGAACGUGGCCUUCCGCACGUGGUCGGCGGGUGGUAGUGACCUCACCCGACGUGCCUACUACUGCAUGCAACCCGGCUGCACGUUUCUCUUCUCCAGCGAGUUGGUGGGCCUCGAGGCCCACUUUAUGCUGGAGCAUCCCACUAUCCAGUGGAGUGGCACUUGCGUCAGUUGUCCAGGAAGGCAGGAGGCAACCUUGUCUCCUCUUACCAUAGUGGAGGAGCUGCGUCACAUGCUGCAACACAUCUCGGGAAAGAGUCCUUCGAAGGAGGCAGCAGCUCCUGUUGAGGCAGCGCCUGAACCCGAGCCUGUAACACUUGAACCAGUUCUGCAGCCAGUUUCGGAUCCAGUUCCACCUGAAGAUUCCACUCCUGCAGCUGUGGUUCAGGACACAGUCGUACCUGCUUCGCGUCCCAAGCUCCGAGUGCGACGUUUCACAGGGGAUCGCUUGAUCGAACCGGUUGCCGCAGGAGAGGAGGUGGCGACGGAGGUGGUGGCACCACAACUGGAUUCCCAGGAUGCGGUGAGCAACCUAACGCUGAGGGAUCUCCUGCUGGCCGAGCCCCGACCUCCCAACCAGACGGACCUCAACGCUGCCGGCAUGGGGGAGUUCCUGGUGGCGAAACCGACAACUCCACCCCAGGUGCUUCAGGGCGUGGAACCGAUAGCCACUCACCCCGUGGUCAUAAACUACCAGAGUGGCCUGGGUCUGUCCAUCAGCCAGGUGUACAGUGGCGCCCAGAUGACCCUGCCAGGGGAUGAACAUCCCUCUGUCGAAGCUGAAGCUCCUGCUAUUGUUCCUCCUCUACCAGCUCCUAUAGUGGAGCAGAAUCAAUUCCGAUGCAUGUCCCCGGGAUGUGGCUUUUGCACCGACACGGUCCUCUCCAUGCAACAGCACCUGAAAUUCCACAAAUUCAAGGGCACGGGGACGGAAUACCUCGUCUGUGGCUACUGUGAUCACACCGCAACCGAUAUCGCCGACUAUCUGGACCACGCCGUCUUCAUCCAUGGCUUGGCGGCUCGCUUAGAGCUGGAGCAGCUUCCAGGACCAGAGUCGGUUAGUCAACAGAUCCGGAAUGUCUUCAAUCAGCGUCGGAACCAGCGUCUGUCCAUCUCGACAGCGCCCUCUACGGAACCCCUGGCGAUAUCCUCCACAGAGUCCUCCCAGCGCCCUCUAGCGAUAUCCUCGAUAGAGACGUCCCUGCUCUCUAGCCCUUUGGCCCUGUCAUCGAGAGAACCAUCUAAAAUUCCCUACGAAAAUGCUGAGAACGUGGCUAAAUUGGUGGUGGAGAUACUGAAGCCCACGGGACUUAAUGCCGAUCGCCUCUACUCCUGUCCGACCAAGAGCUGCAUCGUCCGGCUGACUGAAGAUCAGUUCGUGAACCACGUCCUCUUCCACUUGCGCAGCUCCUCGUGCGCCUCCAUCCACGUGAAGUGCAAGUUCUGUAGCCUCCAGGCGCCGCCGCAGAUCCUCCGGACGCACCUCCAGCAGGCCCAUGCCCCGCACCGCUUCCUCUGCAGCCAGUGCCUCGCCACGACGACCACCGAGCGGCUGAUGAUCCACCAUGUCCGGCACACUCAUCCGGUCCACUUCGAGCGCCAGUACCGGCAGGUGCAGUUCAUUCAGCUGCCCGGUGUGGCGGAGGCGGCGAAGAACGGAAGCAGAUCGACGGGCACUGGGGCAACCGACUACUUUUUGGCCGCCGUGGAGCAGCCCUUUGGUAGCGCCCAGAUGCACGAAUUCCAUCUGAAAUUGUGCACCGAGUCGAGCAUCCGCCGGCAGGGCACCAAGACGCGUUUCCGUAGCUCCGAGUCGGCUCUACUGCCCCGCAGACUCAUCUACCUGGAACGGAUGCACUGUGCGGAGUGCCCCUUCAGCUCCGUGGUGCGUACCCUGCUCAUCAAGCAUCUGGCCGACCACCGGGAAGAAGCACUGCGUCUGGCGUAUCAAAAUGAGCCCGUUCCUGCACCCGAACCCGUUGCCCCUUUCUAUCAGGCACAGCCGCCGGAGACGCAGCCACCAGCGCCGACGACGGUCCUGCCUGCCACGCCGGUUGUGGAGACUCCGAGCCCGAUACCUUUAAAAAAAAUAACCACUCCCAAGCCCCAGGUGACAGAGCUGCCGGAAUACACCUAUGUGCCUCGGAAUGUUCGCUUCCGUUGCGGCUUCAUUACCUGCGACCAGGUGCUGAGCAACGAGGAGAAGCUCCGCAAGCAUAUGACCGACGAGCACAUGUACAGCGACAUCCUCAUCUGUCCGCACUGCAGCGUCCGUCUGACUGGGACGGUCAGUGUGGAGCGCUAUUUGCAGCACCUGCUCUUCCACAAGCGGCACAUCUUCCAGUGCGGCGCCUGUCCGCGCUUCAAUCCCCGGCGCUCCAUCAUCGAGCGGCAUGUCCAGUUCCGGCAUCUGGAGGGUGAGAACCGGGAAGUGGCGGUGCUGGUGCAUCAGCGCAGUCUGCCCGCGGAGAGGAACGGCUUGGUGGUAACUCGCAUCAAGUGGCUAAGGACCCCCAAACUGGCGCAUCCUGCCCGGAUGGAGUACACGUGCAAUUUAUGCCAGCUUCUCUUCCCGUCGAGCGUCCAGGUGAUGGCUCAUGCCCUGACCGAGCACAGUCUGGGGUACAUGUUCCACUGUCCCGAGUGCAAUCACGGUUCCCGCGACGCUGCCAACAUAACGAAUCACAUUCUCCGGAAACAUCCGGAGCGGCCAAUGCAGCUGCUGCAGGUCUUCCAUCGCAUCGUCGGGAAGAACAAGCAGACGCUCGGAUUUUACUGCACGAUUUGCCGGGAGGCUGCGUCCAACUUCCAGAAGAUGUCCUCCCACUGCGAAACGGUUCACAAGACGCGUUUGCAGUGGAAGUGCUACCACUGCGACUUCGCCAACAGCCAGGAGCGUCAUGUGAUCACGCACAUGGAGGAGAAGCAUCCGGGCCAGACGGGUCUGGCGCAACUCCUAUUCGACCGCGUGGUGAAUCAUAUUCCCGACCGAAUCAGCUGGAACAUGGGCACGGCCCUCGAGGAAUCUACUGAAAAGAGGGAAGCGGCAGCUCCUCUGGCUCUUCCGGCUCUGCCGACUAAUGAGCCGACCCUGGAGCCAAGGUCGGAGGGUGUACAAGUGCAACAGGCUGUGCCGCAGCAAGUGGAACAGAAGGAACAACCAGGACAGAUCCCAAACGAAGUAAACUUUCGAACUGAAAUCCCACAAGCACACGGGCCGGAACGGGAAAGACCUAGACGGUUGUCAGAGUCCCAGCACAUCAUCACCGAGGUGGUGGAUCUACUGGCAUCCGAUGACGAAGUUGAAGAGAUCGGGGAAUGUCAGGAGGAUACGACUGUGGCCGAGUUUGCGUGCACCCAUUGCGAGGAGACGAACAGCAAUCUGCAGGAUCUUCGCACCCAGCACUGGGCCAAGAUGCAUCCAGAGCUGCCGUUCUAUUUUCGGGUGCAGCCGCAGCUCCUCUGCUCCGAGUGCAAGCGUUUCAAGGGGAAUGCCAGAACGCUAAGGGACGACCACCUGGUUAAGGAGCACAUGCAGCGGAACAUUGUUGCCUGCGAUGUCCGGCGGCCGGAGGAGUGCGCCUAUUGCAAUUACCGUUACACCAACAGGCAGGACCUGAUGCUGCACAUCCAAAAGGAGGGUCAUCUGCCCAACGACCUAAAGAAUGUGACCGACGCCGAACUGGACGCCCUGCAGCAGCUGAGCUCGUGCGGAGCAGCUUCCAACGAGUACUACCAGUGCGAUUUGUGCAGCGUGGUGAUGCCCACGAUGAGUGCGAUAGCCCAGCACGGGUGUGUCGAGCACAGCAAGCCGGGCGAAAGGUUCUGCUUCCGGAAACUGACUGGCUUGAUCUUCCACUGCUUCUAUUGCAUUUUCACCUCCACCAACGAGCUGGCCACGCUCCGGCACAUGCUCGAUCACUACAAUCGCUUCCUGUUCUGCCACUUCUGCAAGGCCGGCCAGAGUGGAUAUGAUCAGUACCUGCAGCACUGCUUCGACUACCAUGGCACCGACUUGCCCCGGUUCCGUGCGCUUCACCCGUACACCGAUCUCCGGAACUACCUCAUGCAGGUGCACUAUCAGUUCCAGAACGGCCUCAUCAUCACGAAGAGCAGCCUGCGGAAUACGCGCUACAACUAUGAUUAUGUGAUGAUGGCCCUGGACAGGGAGCUCAUGUCCAAGAUGCAUGUUCUAUUGGCUCCCCGGCCCACCAUCCACAUAAAAGAAGCUGUUGGUGUUAGGCACCAGCAGCAGCUGCCGAUGCAGCAACAACAGAAGUCGUCCUUUAAGAUUAUAGCCAGACGGAAGACUGUCGACGCAAGAGUAGCCGAUGGGCUGUCGAGGGUCGUCCGGGAGUUGCCGCAGCCACAACAACAGAUUCUCAACAAUCGGCAGAUAGUCAGUGUGCAGCAGCAGCAGCAGCAGCAACAACAACAGCAGCAGGAGCAGCAGCCUAUUUCUUUGUCAAGAAUCACCAAAAGACGCAAGACUAUGAUGUCAUCGGACGAUGUGGUGAAGAUCGCCUGGCAGGAAAACAAUGUCGAGCGGCAGGUGAGCUUUGUGGUGAAGCCACAAGCUACUCCACCUCCUACUUUGCAACAACAGCAGCAGCAACUGCAACAGCAACUGCAACCACAGCAGCAACCACAACAGAUAUCUUUGGCAAAAAUCACAAAAAGACGCAAAACUGUGACGGCGGCCGAUGAGCUAAUGAGGAUCGCCCGGCAACAGAACCAGGAACAGGAGAUGGAAACCCUGACAGUGACCGUGGAGACAGAGCCCGAACCGGGCACAUCUCAACAGCAGCAGGAUUCGAGGCAGAGCUCUGGCUCCUCCUGCCUGAUACGAAUCCUGAAGCGACGCCAAAGCUAUGUGGUCCGGACAGGACCCGAAAACACCAAAUGAGCUCAAGACUAAGAAACAUACUAAGAAACAUCCUUUCCACAAGAAAUCGAAGAAAAAAAACCUAAAAAAGCAAACGAUGAUAAUUAUGGAUUUAAAAAAAAAAAAACCUAGUUAAGUGAAAAAAAUAUCUUGUUUUAAACUCAAAAAUUAUGUAAUAUAAGCCAUGCAAACACUACUUUUUUUUUCGUUAGCGUUUAAGGACCUGUAUGUUUACUAGAUUUGUAAGAAAGGAUCAGGAUGAGAGAUUCGUUUGUCAAUUGAAUUCAACAGUUUCUUCAAUCGUGCGAUUUUUAAAAAAUAAUAAAUCCAAAGAGACACUUUUCAAAGAAACCCCAACCCAACCGGCACACCACGACGUUCUUUUCGUAAUUGUGAGUGUGUGUGUUUUUUUUUGUGGAAAUGUGGAUAUGGAAUCCAUGAUCCAUUAUCCAUUAUCCAUUAUCCAUUAUCCAUAUAUUAUGUAUGUGAAUUAUGUUUAUUGUGAAAGUUUCCAAUAUAUUGUUAUUGAGUUUUAUGUUCGAAA